CACAAAAAUAUCUAAAGAAUCAAGCAAAAAUGAUUUCUUCUACAACCCUAAGCUUCUCAAACCUCACUACGACGACGACGACAGCCUCGUCCGUCUCCGAACCGAAGUCCAAGUCUGAACCUGCAUCUCCAUCCGACCAACCUUCCCGAAAAAUCAGAAGUAGCCCGCAACUAAACCGGUGGUCCCGUGCUCGCGCAGUCCGUUCUGGCCGGAAACUAGACCGCCGGGUUCAGAAAAUUACCAGCACCGCCGGUUCUCUAGUUCGUACUGACAGUAACAAUAGUUCUAAUUCCAUCAAUUGGGAAAGUGAGUCGGGUGAAGAGAGUGGUGGGGUCAGCGGAACGGAUGAAACGGAAGUAACGGCAGGUGGGAAGUCAAUUUACAUGGUGUCUGAUGGGACCGGCUGGACGGCGGAGCAUUCCGUUAAUGCUGCCUUAGGGCAGUUUGAACAUUGCUUGGUCGAUCGGGUUUGUCCCGUUAGUACCCAUUUGUUCUCUGGGAUUGAUGAUGUUGAGCGGUUGAUGGAGGUUAUCAAGCAAGCAGCCAAAGAAGGAGCAAUGCUUGUCUAUACUCUGGCUGACCCCUCCAUGGCUGAAUCUGCCAAACAAGCAUGCCAGCUUUGGGGUAUACCAUCAGCUGAUAUCCUUGGUCCAAUAACAGAAUCAAUUGCAUCCCACCUGGGUGUUUCACCUUCAGGGCUCCCGCGUUGGGCUCGUGGACGGAGCAGCUCCCUUAGUGAGGACUACUUCCGCAGGAUCGAAGCAAUUGAAUUCACUAUAAAGCAAGAUGAUGGGGCCUUACCCGAAAACUUGCAUAAAGCAGAUAUUGUUCUUGCUGGUGUGUCUCGCACUGGAAAAACACCACUUUCAAUAUACCUGUCACAAAAAGGAUACAAAGUGGCAAAUGUUCCUAUUGUAAUGAAUGUAAAGUUGCCAAGUGCUCUUUUUGAGAUUGACCCAGAAAAGGUUUUUGGUCUCACUAUCAAUGCUGUUGUUCUGCAUACCAUCAGAAGUGCAAGAUCAAGGACCUUGGGCUUUGCUGAAGGAAUAAGGAGCAACUAUUCUGAAAUGGACCAUGUAAAAGAAGAGCUGGAAUUUGCUGCUAAAAUUUUUGCCCAAAAUCCUGUCUGGCCAGUCAUUGAAGUCACAGGGAAGGCAAUUGAAGAAACAGCAGCGAUUGUACUAAGACUUUUCCAUGAUAGAAAGAAUAGGUGCUCAAUGCCAAGAAUUUCCAAACGCUAUUAGAUAGAUUGGGAGCUAUUUGCUGCUGAAUAUCCUAGGGAUCUGACAUUGAGGCCGAAACAAGAAGAUGUCAGCGAAUGUAUGGGUCUAGGCAUCUAGUCCAGCAAAUUAUUGCUUACUAAGUUGGGAGCUGCUGAAGGUACUUUCUGAAGUUCUAAAGUACAGAAGUUUCAGAUUGAUCAUCUUACAUGCCAUUGCAACAAAGUAAUAAUUGUAAAGCCAUGGGAUUCUCUUUUACCGGUCAAUCUUCAUAUAAUUUACUUGAAAUGAAAGAGAAAGUCGGGCAAAUGGAGGAGAAGAGGGAUUGGGGAGGUCCACUCGCGUUUUUGCACAUAUCUAGUUGCUUUAGCAAUGACUUCUAUAAUCAAACAUGAUAUUUGAUGAGCCAUUGCCUAAAUAGUUGAAAUUACUGGAAGAAUGCCCAGUUUAUGGUUCGGCUAGAUUAUACUUUCUCCAAAAAGAGUAAAAGUAAGAAGAUUUAGUGGUUUCACGUCCAACAUAAUGCUAGAACGUUUUUUAGCAGGAAAUGCUGCUGAGUGCUAAUUCAUGUACAUGUGCUUUUUUUUUUUUUGUUUUUUGUUUGUGACUUCUCUGCUUUGAGUGUGUAUGCAAAUUGGAAUGCGAAAAGUUCCUUUUUUU